AUGCAGGAUCAAAUGAUGAAAGGAGGCAAAUCAAGCGGUGCUACGAGGAAAGCCGAUACCAAGUUGGCUUUAAAGAAGACUGCAGCCAAGGGGAAAGCAGCUAAGGAUCCCAAUAAACCCAAGAAGACUGACUUUAGAAAGCAGUUCAAAGAAGAUCACCCUGACAACAAAUCUGUUGUUGCUAUUUUGAUUUGGAUUUCACUUGUGUAUAAUUAUCAGGUUGAUAAAGCUGGUGGGGCAAAAUGGAAGUCAAUGUCCGACUCUGAAAAGGCACCUUUUCAAGCCAAAGCUGACAAAAGAAAGAAGGAAUAUGAGAAGAACUUGGACACCUACAACAAAAAACUUGCUGGAGGUGGUAAUGAUGAUGAUGAUGAGGAUUCUGACAAAUCUAAGUCUGAAGUCAAUGAUGAAGCAGAUGAGGAUGAAAGUGAUGAUGAGGAAGAUGAUGACUGAAUCAAGAAAGUGGAAGUUGAUUCGGUGUUGAUGGUUUGAUAAGUUACCUGCUUUGUAGUUUCAUGUUACUGAUUAGAAUAGAUUUGGCUUUUAUGGUGCACAGGAAAAAGGAAAUGUAACUUUGGUUUGAUAAGAUGUUCUAGUUUUUCCAAAUUAAAUUUUGUAAUAUCAUUUUUUUAGUUUUAUUUUAUUUAUUUUUAUUUAUUUAUUUAUUAUUUAGGAGUUGUUUGAUCAUCAGAGUCAAAAUUAUUUUCAAUUUUGUAGAAUUGUCACCUGUGACUUUUGUUCUUUUCUGUGUUCAUGUUUAUGUUUACGGAACUGUUAGCUAGGCUAUACACAUAUCAAGAUCCUACCAUUUAUGCAUAAGAGUCUUUUAUUUUAAUUAUAUUUUUCCUUUUUAGUUUUUUUUGCUCGACUUGUGUUGUCUAUUUUAUGAUGAUUCCAGACCUCUGAUCCGAAUUAUAGGCGAUCGAUUCCCAUGGCAAGUGAAAAGUGCUAUUUUGUCAACUUUGACCAUCAUAAUAGCAAAAGGUGGGAUGGCACUUAAACCUUUUCUCCUACAGCCACAAACCACCUUUGUCAAAUUCUUACAGGACAACCCAAGGUAAGACUUGUUUUAUACUACUGUCUUUUGUUGAUUAUUCGACUUACAAGGGCAUUCUCGUCAAUUUGCAGGAGUGUUCGUUCAAGUGCUGCUCUUGCACUUGGUAAGCUUAGUGCACUAAGCACAAGAGCUGAUCCCCUAGUUAGGGGUCUUCUAUCUAACCUACUUGCAUCAGAUGGUGGGGUUCGUGAUUCAAUAUUGGUCGCCCUAAAAGGUGUUGUCAAGCAUGCUGGAAAGAGUGUUAGUGGUCUCGUUAAGACACGUGUUUUUGAUCUCUCAAACGAGUUGAUCUAGAACGAUGAUGACCAAAUACAAAGCUCUUCAGCAAGAAUUCUAGGCAUCAUAUCAGAGGUUCAGUUCAGUACAUUCACUUGCAUUUAUAGCAUCUGUUCCAUCUCUGGGAUUUACCACCUAUGUAAUUUCACAACAGCACCUGUCAACAUUUGGUUGUGAGUGCAGGUGAAAAAGAAACGAGCUGGUCGGGAUGGAAAAAUAGAUGGGCUGGUCCCUCCCCAAAGUAACCAC